AGCCUCCGGGUUUGCGCCUGCGCAGCGGAGUCUGCGGGUGGGCGGAGCUGGCCGGGAUGAGUGGCGGAGGGACGGAGACCCCAGUAGCGUGCGAGGCCGCGCUGGGCGGCGGCGGCAAGAAGCGGGACUCGCUAGGCACGCCGGGCGUGGCGCACCUUAUUAUCAAGGAUCUUGGAGAGAUUCAUUCAAGGCUUCUGGAUCACAGACCAGUUACCCAAGGGGAAAUUCGUUACUUUGUAAAAGAAUUUGAAGAAAAACGUGGCCUUCGAGAAUUGCGAGUUCUUGAGAACUUGAAGAAUAUGAUCCAGGAAACAAAUGACCGCAUGCUUCCCAAGUGCAGGGAGACAAUGCAGGAUGGCCUGGAGGGGGCCCUGCAGAGAUUGCAAGCAGCUAACGACUCUAUCUGCAGACUCCAACAGAGAGAACAGGAACGGAAAAAGGUGAUUAAUGACCACAUGACAGCUAGUGAGAAGUGUCGUCUGCUCCAGUGGGAGGAGUUCCUGAAAGAACAGCCACAGCGCCGAGCUGAGGUGGAUGAUGAGCACAGAAGAGCCAUGGAAAGGCUCAAAGAACAAUACGCUGCAAUGGAGAAGGACCUAGCAAAGUUUGCCACCUUUUAAGAGUUUGAUCUGCAGGGACAGAUGAACGAGAAAGCACUGACUUUCCUCCAGAUCUUCCACCAACCACGUAGCCUCCUCUUCAAGCUUAGAAAUAUACUCAGUGGCACUCUUAGGUGUGAAGGGAGAAACUUCUGGAGCCCGAUAAAUGUCCAUGGAAGAAGAGUGCUUACGUGUCUAAAUGUGAUCCUUUGAGGAAGAGUGAAAAAUGGGGCAGAUUUAUUUCUAACCAGAUUCAGUCUUUUUGGUGGUUAGUUUAGAUGGCUGUGUGUGGAUUCCAAGAGUCCACUUCAUUUCCACCAAGGGUAUGGCAGGGGUGACAGCUUCUGCCAUGACCGAGAUGCCAGGUGGGCUUUGGACAAACUUGCUUGGAGACACCAGAGUUUGCAGUACAGGACAAUACUGUGUGUUUUACUGGGUGACAAGACAUACCCGAUUGGUGGCCUCAUAGAACUUAGUAUUUCCAUCUUCUAAACAGCUCAGGAGAAAAAGCCCACCAAAGUGCACUCUCCAAGGAUCAUCAUCUUACCCAUAGUUCUUCCCUUGCUUUUGUGUCCAUUUUGCUUUGGGCAAGCUCUUUAAGGGAUAGUGUCUGUGCAUGUUUCAGCUGCUCAGUGGGUAGUCAGCAGAAUCUGCCAAAGAGUCCCUUUGGAACCAUGUAAGAUUGGCUCUGGGCAGACUAGAAAUGUCCGCCCACACAGCAGAUGAUCUGUGUUAGAGGUAAAUCCCCUCCAUAUUGACGCCUGCUCUCCAGCAGUUGUUUCCGGAUGGAACACCACUGUCCAUCACCACUGUGAUCUUUACAUACUUGCACUUACUCUAAUCGAAGAACCACAAUUUGCUAUUAAUUAAACAGACGUGCAUGCGGUCAUUUGAGGAGAUGCAUAGCCCGUGGGUUUGAGGUGUGGGUGAGUCUUUCUAGUAUUUUCUGUUGCUCUUCAGUCAAGCAAGGCAAGAAAGAAAAUACCUAACUCUCUAGUGAUAUCUCAGUACUCUAACCGCAGAACACUGACAAUGCUUGCCUGUGUAAACGUAUGGCCAACUGUGAAAGCUUCAUUCUUGGCUCAUGUUGAAAUGUGAUUAAAGCUAAUAGAUGAGAUGAAA